AUGGCGAAGCACACGGCGGCGCUAAAAGCCGGACUGGCUUUGCUGGCGCUUAGCAUGAUCGGUUACAUACUUGGUCCACCGCUCUACUGGCACCUCACCGAAGCCUUGGUCGCUUCGGCAUCUUCUUGCUCUCCUUGCGUCUGCGACUGCUCUUCUCUGCCUCUUCUCAUCAUCCCCAAAGGACUCAGCAAUGGAUCUUUUGGAGGUGAGUUCUCGGUCACUUUCUAUUGUGCAAAGCAUGAUCCAGAGGUGAACGAAGACACAGAGAAGAACUACGCCGAGCUCUUGACAGAGGAACUGAAGCAACGUGAAGCAGAAUCGAUGGAGAAACACAAACGAGUAGACACGGGUCUGCUAGAGGCCAAGAAGGUAGCAUCAUCUUACCAAAAGGAGGCAGACAAAUGCAACUCAGGUAUGGAGACUUGUGAAGAAGCAAGAGAGAAGGCGGAAAAGGCACUUGUGGAGCAGAAGAAGCUGACUUCUACAUGGGAACUGCGAGCUCGUCAAAAAGGUUGGAAAGAGGGAGCCACCAAGUCAACUGUUAAAUCCAAAAGCAGUGUUCAGGUUUCUUAG